AUGGACGCGAUGCUCGAUAGGAUGGAUCACAGAGUGUCAAUCAGAAAUAAGAAAACAACCAGCAAUAAAAGACAGACUGAGCUUGCUACAGAGUCAGAUACUGACACGGAAUCAGAUUCGUCUAGUGAGGAUGAAAAAUCCUCUCCUUCUCCAAAGACGCCUAUGGAAAUUAUGCCAAAAGAGUAUAAGUCUGAAAGCGAAGAAGAGACUUCGUCCGAAUCCGAAGAUAGCAGUAGUACCGGUUCUUCAAGUGAUGAAGAAAUAGAGUCGUCAAGUAGAGGGCGCACAAAUAAAAACGCCCUCAAGCCUUCAGAUCGUGCGGAAGUUGAAAAUUCAGAAAAGGGGAUUCUUGGAGCCCCUCCUACCUCUAUCCCUAGUAGCAGCACGAGUAUCACGUCAAAAGAUACUAAAGGCAUACUUGGCCCAGCCAAGACAAUCAGUGCCACACGGCGUUUGGAAUGGGUUCAACCUAGAGCAACAAAUGAGAACCAAAGGCCCAACCAGCAGAACGAGUCAGUAAGACAAAGAGACACAAAGCCCUCCAAUGGCAUUUACGAAGGACUACUUCCCUUACCUGAACCUUCCAAGACGACAGAACAAGAGAAAUUAAGGGAAAGUAAUAGUGCGCGUCCAAACUCGAAUGAAGGGUGCUCAUCUAGCCUAACACGAGCAGAAAGUAGGGCGACACCUCUUGAAGGACAAACGCCUGAGGGAAGUCCGAAAGAGAGGCUAAGAUAG